AUGUUGCGAGUCGGCUCAUGGCUUUACGGCAAGAAGCCGGCGCAGUCCGUGGACUCGUCGACCGAACUCAAAGAUUCAUCCGAACGCCUGUACGAGGCAGAAAACAGCGCGGCCAGUGACCAAACUCGAGCCCAGCAGCACGCCCAGGCUCCCAAUGCUUUCCACUCGGAAAUUUAUACCGCGGGCGCGGAAUACGCAUUAUGCCAGGCCAUCGCACAGUUGAUGAGUGCGGUGGUGGGAGUGUUGAACGAAAGCUUGACCGAAAGUAUCAAAGCAUUCUACAGGCUGAGAAAAGCCUAUAUUACGCUAGACGCCAUUAUGAAGAUGGAAGAGAAGUUCAUGGAACUCAACGAUUCGAAAAAGGUGCUGCUGCCCACCGCAAGUGACCUGGCCAACUCGACCGCUGCAUGCCCGGACACCAAGUCGGAGACUUCUAGCCUGUCAUCCAAAAAGAACGCGAAGGCGGCUCUCGUUGAGCACAACGAGAUAAACCAUUCGAUGAAUGACCUGUCUAUAUAUUCGGGCGUGGUAUCACCUGCCUCCGCAGGUGCAUCCACCCCCAAGCAUAUUCACCACGACCCCGACUCGGACAUCUUCAAGAAUGAAAUCGAUGUCUUCGUCCAUUCUGGGGCGAACUUCUGUUUUGGCAUUCUUCUUUUGUUGAUCUCCAUGGUUCCCCCGGCGUUUAGCAAGCUUCUUGCAAUCAUCGGAUUCCACGGGGAUAAGCAGCGAGGAUUGCGGAUGCUUUGGCAAGCUAGCAAGUUCCACAACCUCAUUGGCGCCAUGGCUGCCCUGGCGUUGCUCGGAUACUAUAACGGCUUUGUUCGUUACUGCGAUAUUAUGCCUGACCCUACACCCGGCGAGGCCGAUGUUGAAGGAUACCCGCAGGAGCGGCUGGCAGCCCUGCUGACAGAAAUGAGGUCCCGGUUCCCCAACAGUCGGCUCUGGGUACUCGAGGAAUCUCGAAUGAAGGGCGCGAACAAGAACCUUGAAGGGGCCCUGGAAUUACUGUCUUCGGACAACAGGAGUCCUCUCAAGCAGGUCGAAGCGCUUUGUGUUUUUGAGAAGAGUUUGAACGCGCUCUUCUUGCACAAAUAUGAUGUUUGCGCCGAAGCCUUCAUCGAGUGUGUUGAUCUCAAUUCCUGGUCUCGCUCGUUGUAUUACUACAUUGCAGGAUCCUGUCACGUCGUGCUAUACCGUCAGUCUCUUCAUGAUCCCAAACUUGCAGAGGAACACGCGACCAAGGCUGCGCUUUACAUUCGCAAAGCGCCCGGCUUUGCAGGCACGAAGAAGUUCAUGGCCCGCCAACUGCCGUUCGACGUGUUCGUCACCCGCAAGAUUGCCAAGUGGGAAGCCCGUGCCAAAGCAUGGGAUGUCCAUCUCGUGGAUGCGAUCGGCGUCGACCCAAUCGAAGAGAUGAUUUUCUUCUGGAAUGGCCACAGCCGCAUGACAGACCAACAGCUCGAAGAAUCUCUCACGCGAUUAGCGUGGUGCGAAAGCGACGCCAACAAAACCUGGUCUCGCGAAGGCCAUGAAGAAAAAGCGAUUCUGGAAUUGCUUCGUGCUGCAGUCCUUCGCUCAUUGAAUCGAUUCGAAGAGGCGAAGAAGAUCCUCACGACUCGCGUUCUGAAUCAUGACAAGGCUCUGUUCAAGGGUCAUCUCAAGGACGAUUGGGUUCACCCUGUCGCACACUUCGAGAUGGCUGCGAACUUUUGGAUGGAGCGGCCUACUUACCAGGCUUUGCAUGGCGAGGCUGAAGAAAGUCCUGCUGGGUCUGAUCACAUCGAGGUUGAGAGAAAACAGGUCCGCGAGUGUAGGGAAUACCUGGAGCACGCGGCCAAGUGGGAGAGCUAUGAGCUUGAUGCCCGUAUUGGACUCAAGGUCACUGCGGCUAUGGAGGCUGUGAACAAAUGGGAGAGUAUACACCCUACGGCCUAG